AUGAACCUAUUUGGAGCCGAGUCGAGAAAGCUCGCGUUCACAAAUCACAUCUACUAUAAUUCUUGCAUCAAACAUCGCCUAAACAUUGGCGUAUUACCGCAAAUCUGGAUCGCACAGCCAGCAGUACAAAGCUGCCUCCCGAACAGCCUGCCUCCUGUCUACUCACUGUCUCUGAUAUUUCGUUAUAUUUUCGCUCUACACAUAGUUUCGUAUAUUAAUUUUUCUUUAAUUCCUUCUACAACCACUGUUCUGUAUAUUUACCAUGGAGAGGAAGAAAGGUAUAUUCAGGACAUAGUCCAGCGUAAAUGUAGAGCCAAGUGUAUGAACAUUAUCAGUUUAAAGCGUCAACACGCUACUAGCUAUACCUUUAUAUCGGCUAUAGGAAGCAUGCGUGUUGGUGUUGCCGGAAUAUUGGCAGCUACGGUAGUUGCCGAAGCUGAUAGUUCUCGUAGCACAGCUGGUUCGUUCAUCUAUCCGCAAGAGUCACCAGAUAAGCCAGUCCUGGAGGUGUUGUCAGCUAGUUUAUCUAGACAGGCGUCUUGGGCUGCGACAAACAGAUAUCGGAACAGUACCAACAACCGCCGCAGCUAUAAGACCAGACUAUGCGAGAACUUCAAGCAAAGCGGCACCUGUAUCUAUGGGGAUAAAGGUAAAGAUUGUGCGUUUGGCGCCAAGUGCGAUUUCGCGCACGGUGAAGAAGAGAUGCUGGAAAACCGAAAACGAGUUACUCACGAACUAUACCCAGAGCCGGUUCGUUUCAGGGCACCAGAUGAUGUCUUUCAGGAUCGUUUUGCUGAGAAGCAUGCUGCCAAGCGGCAUUCCGCUAUGAGGAAGUCGCUAUCUGCCCUCAUGAUCCCAUUGCCACAGCCAGUACCCCUGUCUCCGCCUAUCAGGAGCAGCCCCACAGCGCGCCUCCUGGAUAAGCUCGAAAAUGCUCAGAAUCUGCACCAUGUAGCUCAUGAAAUGCUCCCACAACCUGGUCUUGUCGCAUCUGCUCGAGAGCUAACGGCGCUUCAGCACGUUUCACUGCCAAAUUGCGAAAGGGAGCCAGCUCUUCAGGCAUCGCCGAUAUGCCCCUCACCUCCAGCUCCAGCUCCAGCUCCAGAAAGCCAAUACAGCAACACUACGGGGCUACCUGCACAACAAAAGUACGGCAAUACCUCCUCAGCAUUCGCUAUUGCGUCUUCAAGCGUUCCAUAUAGUGGCCUUGCUCACCCCUCAGACCUCACAGAUGCUGCCAAGCUAUACACCCGAGCAGUAUCCGGUGUAUGGCUCGCAGAUGACAACGGUGCCCCAUUUUCACAAACCCAGAUUCCGCCCAUGCAGUUCAUAUCAUCCGGAUACAUGCCAUUUGGUCCGGCUGUUGUUCCCGCACUUCGCACUGCCGUCAGCCUUGACCAAGAUAUGCUGGAGUCGGGUUCAUUUGGCCAGUAUAUGGACCAGCAUCCAGGCAUUCCCAAUGUCCAGAAAGCUGCGAGGGCGACUCCCUGGUGUCACCGCGGAAAUGCUGCCUUUAACGGGUCUCCACUGUCGCCUCACUCGCCGAUGGUAUUUCGGCCAUGUUCCUCAGGCACAAUUCCAGUACCAGGGGAGAAUAUUGGCUCACUCGUGGAGAUGAGACUGUCCGACCACUUCGAGCAAAGAGCUAACCGGCGGGUCGGUUGGACUCCCGAUAUAGUUGCUUCACUUGCUCCUCUUAACCUUCCAGAGGAAAGUGAUAUUAGUGGCGGCUCCAAAGGCAGUUUUGAUUACCGUGCAAUGCUACUGGGCACGAACAUGUCAAAUUGGGCAGACUCAGUCAACACUCAGCGCUUCAAUCGCGGAGCCUGA